AGUUGGCCAGGUGCUGCCGCCGCGUCGAGUUCGGCGCUAUAGCUAAACUAAUACGCAGUGUUGUACAUUUAGAACAUUCACAAUGGCUACCGCGAAAGACACGUCUACUUUCUUUCUGGAGGCAGACGCAAAAGAAUUUGACAGUGUUUUAAAGUUAUACCCACAGGCAAUCAAACUAAAAGCUGAACAGAAAACAAAGAAACCCGAGGAGCUCAUAAAAUUGGACAAUUGGUACCAGAAUGAAUUACCAAAGAAAAUUAAGUCCCGAGGCAAAGAUGCCCACAUGAUACACGAAGAGCUCGUGCAACUCAUGAAAUGGAAACAAGCGAGAGGAAGAUUUUAUCCACAAUUAUCAUAUCUUAUAAAAGUGAAUACACCUAGAGCCGUAAUGCAAGAGACAAAGAAAGCUUUCCGUAAAUUGCCUAACAUAGAAUCAGCUUUGACAGCACUUAGCAAUCUGAAGGGAGUGGGCACAGCUACAGCAUCAGCACUACUCGCGGCGGCAAGCCCUGAAAUAGCACCGUUCAUGGCAGACGAGUGCCUACAAGCCAUACCAGAAAUGGAAGGAAGCGAUUACACUGCCAAGGAAUACCUCAACUUCGUAAAGCACAUAAGGACCGUCUGUGAUAGGUUAAAUAAGGAACAAAACAGUUGUGGCAAGAAAUGGUCCCCACAUAUGGUUGAGCUCGCGUUAUGGACACACAAUAUAGUGUCAGAGCUGCGACCUGAACUGCUCGGUAAAGAGCCUAACAUCAAUAAUGCACCAACAAACGGAGGGUCACCAUUACCCAGUGACGAGAGUAACCUGGAACCGCCCUCCACCAAUGGCAAUGGUAAACUAGCGGACUCAGUGAACGAAGACACAACAACAUCGUGCACGGAAGACUCGAUGGACGCCAAGGCCCCCUCUCCAGCCACCCCCGCCUCACCUUCCGAUAAUUCAGACUCCGCAGUCAGCACGCCAAGCGCCAAAAGACCAUUAGAGGAAGCGAGUUCAGCGGAGGAGAACUCACUGGGCGACUCAUCAGACGUGCCGGCGCCACCUGUUGCAAAGAAACUACGAGAAGCCACACACUGACACAAGCGCACCCCACCAAGCAAACCCCGUGCGCCUAUAAAUAGCUUUCUAGACUAAAAUAUUGUACCUAGGUAAUUUAUUUUUCAAUUCCGUUUAAUUUUAAACUUAGCAUUAAGUUUUAAGAGUACCGGUCGAUUUUGUAAGUUUUAUAGGGUAUUAAUUAAUUAAUAAUUCGGAUGCGUUUCGAUGAACUUACGCCGGGCGCUCUACCGAGAGUAUGAGAUUGUAUAAUAUUUCAAUGCGAGUGUAUUUUCGGUGGCCCACUACAGGGCCUAGAGUUGGGUUUCGUUUGUAAAAGGAUUUUUCGAUGAUUGAACGUUCGCAUCCCGCGUGACAUUCCAAUAAUUUGUAAAGUAACCGGACCAGAGUGACUUGCGCUGAAAAUCGAAAAUAACUUGUGCUAUUUGUUAUGUAUACGUUGAUUGCGUAUAGAAAUAGCGAGCAGACUAUUGUCAACAUUAUCGUUUCGAUUUUCAGCGUAGGCCUGCAGAUGCCUUGACUAGGCCACUAGGCCGUCACACUCACACCAUUGCCUUAUGACACAGUCUGCCCGCAGAGUUUAUAUUCAACAAGAUAAUACAAAGGUCGUGUUACCCGGGCGCCGGGCACACGGGCCCACAAUGUAGUUUUUAUUGAACAAAUAUAAGAUAUUAAUUUUA